CAGGGUCCCCCGGCCGAACCCCGUCAUCCCGGGAAGGAGGAGUUACCUUCCCGAGCCUUUUAAUCCAGUCCUGCUGGUUUCCCGGCACAGCCGGCGGAGCUCCCUGCCCAUGCGGCCGUGCCCGGCUCGCCAUGGCCCCGCGACACGUCGUGCCCAUGUCCACCAGCCACGCCGCCCGCGGCGUCUGCGUGCUGGGCACCGAGGUCUUCCUGGACACGCGCCGGUCCAUCCCGAAAGGUGCCGCGUCCUUUGACGUGUACGCCACGCCGGCGGUGACGGUGCACAUGAUCCACAGCCCCACCACAAAGCCCAGCCUGGACUCCCGGUGGCCCCUGGAUCCCGACAUCGAGGUGGUGGUGACCAUCGAUGUCACCAGCAGGACUGUCGAUGACAACCAGGUGAAGAUCUCCUACUACGACCGCGAGGGCCACGAGCUGGCGGUGGCCUGGCUGUACCUCACCUGUGUUGAGGUGUCCCUGGAUGUGGACUGGAGCCGGAGCGGCCGGGUGAAGAGCAAGGGCAAGGACAAGGCCAAGUGGACGUGGGGCCCGGAUGGACAAGGGGCCGUGCUGUUGGUCAACUGUGACCGGGACAGCCCCGGCGCGGGGGGCACGGACAGCGGCCAGGCGGACAUACGCACCCCGACAGACCUCCAGGACAUGUCGGUGAUGCUGCUGCGGACCCAGGGCCCCAGUGCCAUCUUCGCCGAGUACCCGGUGGUGCUGCACGUCCCCGAGAGCGACGCGGACAAAGUGCGGGUGUUCCACGCCGUCCGUGGCGAUGCCCACCCGCUCUACAAGCCCGUGCUGGGCCCGGACAAGCUCUCCUACGUGCUGGACCAUGCUGGCCACGGGGACAGCACCUUCUACGUGGAGGGGCUGGCGUUCCCCGACAGGGGCUUCACCGGCCUCGUGUCCUUCAGUGCCAGCCUGCUGGAGGUGCCCCAUAAGGACUCGCCGGGCACGCCGAUCUUCACGGACACCGUGGUGUUCCGCGUGGCGCCCUGGAUCAUGACGCCCAACACCCAGCAGCCCCUGGAGGUCUUUGUCUGCAGCAUCAAGCAGGGCUCGGAUUCCAACGAGGCCUUCCUGGAGGGGCUGCGGGCGCUGCUGCGGAAAGCCAACUGCAAACUGACCGUGUGCUCCGAGCAGGACUCGCGCAGCGACCGCUGGAUCCAGGAUGAGCUGGAGUUCGGCUACGUGGAAGCUCCACACAAAACCUUCCCCGUGGUCUUCGACUCUCCCAGGAACAGAGGCCUGAAGGAUUUCGCUUUUAAGAAGAUCCUGGGCCCAGAUUUUGGCUACGUGACCCGGGAGCCCCCUGGGAAGAACGUGACCAGCCUGGAUUCCUUCGGGAACCUGGACGUGAGCCCGCCAGUGACCGUGCGGGGCAAGGAGUACCCGCUGGGGCGGAUCCUCAUCGGCAGCCCCCUGCCCUGGAUGGCCGGCCGCAGGAUGUGCCGCGCCGUGCGGGAUUUCCUCUUCGCGCAGACGGUGCAGGCGCCGCUCGAGGUCUACUCGGAGUGGCUCAGCGUGGGCCACGUGGACGAGUUCCUCACCUUCGUCCCUGCCCUGGACAGGAAGGGAUUCCGGCUGCUCCUGGCCAGUCCCAACGCCUGCUACAAACUCUUCAAGGAGAAGCAGCAGCAGGGGCACGGGGAGGCCACGCAGUUCAUCGGGAUGAAGGGCACUGAGAAGAAGAGCAUCGACGAGAUCCUGGCGGACGAGUCCCUGCGCAGCGACAACCGCCACGUGCAGCGCUGCAUCGACUGGAACCGUGACCUGCUGAAGCAGGAGCUGGGGCUGAGCGAGCAGGACAUCGUGGACAUCCCGCAGCUCUUCAUCCUGACCAACUCCCGCGCCGACGCGCUCUUCCCGGACAUGGUGAACAUGCUGGUGCUGGGCCGGCACCUGGGCAUCCCCAAGCCCUUCGGGCCCGUGGUGGGCGGGCGCUGCUGCCUGGAGCAGCGCGUGCGGGAGCUGCUGGAGCCGCUGGGCCUCUCCUGCACCUUCAUCGACGACUUCUUCUCCUACCACGUCCUGUCGGGGGAUGUUCACUGCGGCACCAACGUGCGCCGCAAGCCCUUCGCCUUCAAGUGGUGGCACAUGGUGCCCUGACCCCCCUGGUGCCCUGACCCCCCUGGUGCCCUGACCCUGGUCCUGCAGGGGAAGGUGCAUUUCCUGCAGCCCAAGGGGAAGGUGCAUUUCCUGCACCGGGAAAGCACCGGCAGCUCGGGUUUGGCCAA